AAAUGCGUGGAAGAGUGGGGACCGUUCCUCCCUCUCGUGGCAUUCCGAUUUCUUUCCUGGUACGUGGCCGACCGACAGUCGCGCCAUCCGUGCCGAGGACCGCGAACCAAUUGCGAAUCGCGCGACACGUUUGCUCGGCUGCCGCUAACGCCGAUAUGUGAUUUCUCUGUAACGCAGUUUCGAGUGCGGAUCGAGUGCCCAUUUCUCCCCUAACCUUUCGUUGCUAAGUGCCGAGGGAUUAUUUCCGAAGUGCGUGACCGGUCGGGGCGGUUAAACUUAAUCCUCGCCAUUGCACCGGGGCGAAAAUAAGGAAAAGGCUGACCGAAACUUGGAAUGAAAUUUGUAUUUUGGGAUUGUCGAUUGCCAGUUCGGGUAGAGGAGUGACUCGGAUAUUUAUUGCCAAAAGGACGGAAGCGUAAUUGUUAUGUGCGGUUCCGUACGUCGAUCUAAAAUUGACCCCCGGACGAAUUACUGGCAUCGGUCUUUAAAAACGAAAAUUUUGCCGGGUUUAAGUAGAGGUGAUUUUUUAAAGAAUCGUCUCUUUCCAAUUUCCAAUGACUCUUAAAGUUUAUUUUAUAUCGGUUGAAAAGUUUUAAAUAUCGCGUGGAAUUAUUCCUUUAUUCCAAUGAGGUAUUCUUACAUUUUAUUUUCAAUUACCGAGAAAGUUAUGAAUCUCGUGAUAUUCCGCCAAGUUUCAAACGAGAAUCUUUAGCUUAUACAAUUGUUCGUCGAAAUUGAAAAGAAUUGGCUGCGGAUGUCUGCUGUUCUUGAUGUACGAGUAAAAUGAAGCAAGAUAUCUUCGCAAUGCACGUGUCGUAGAAAGUGAAAAUAAUGCCGGGCAUGAUGGCGGAACCUUCGAAGAAGAGUCGAACGGAGGAACUCGGUUUGCGAGCUCCCGGAAGUGGGAAAACGAGCUCGGACCACGACCAGGACUGUCCCAGCGAGAACGAGAACGAGCUCGAGAACGAGCUCGAGAACGAGCUCGAGUCCUUGGAGUACGAGGAGGACGUCUACUAUUCCCAGAUAGCGGCCACGCCGAGUUUCGACGACAUCGACGAGCUCAGCGACAGCGACGAGAUAGUCGUCCACUGCUGGCGCGACUCGAAUGGCGACAUCGAGGAAAUCGUCGUCGACGACGCCGGCUGCGCCGUCGAGGCGGAAUUUCUGCAGUCCGAGGGGAACUCGCGUCCGAAAAGGAGGAGAUCGGUCAGGGUCAUCUUUCAGAACCUGUCCAAGCCGUAUCUGGCUAAGAUCACCAACAGCCAGAACUACAAAAAGUUCUUGGAGCUCGUUAAAGGUUGGGCUCCCUAUUCUUAAAACUACGAUA